AUGGUACUUCUUCACGGGCACCACACCAUACGGUAUUUAGCUGUAGAGGAACUACGAAAGUGUGAGAUAAGACUCCGAUUUUCAUCACUCGGAGCGAUACGGGACGGGAUAUCGCCACGAAAACCUCGUUACACCUCUUUUUACAACGCUGUAAUGCCUAGACCAGUACAACAUGACAAUACAGCCGAGGAAUUCUACGCUGUGCCUUUGCCACAAACGUCCUACCGCGAUCAAGGUGGAGGCAACGACUACGUCCCGGCAUAUCCCGCUAUGCUCUCCAUUCUUGACCUCAGACCACCUCCUAUAUCCUACUCCACCCACGAAUCGAAACACAAAACUUUGAAAUUCUCAACAACGUCGAAAAAGAAAAAUACUCAGAGACCAACAGCGAAGAUCUAUCGACCUCAACAAGAAGCUAACGAUCUUUCACAUGACGCGUACAAUGGUCGAAACGGAAAGGAUCGCGUGUUUUUCUCUUCAUCUACAACAGAAAAUACAACCAACAGGAAAUUGCCUCAUGACGGAUCCGCACGCCUCAUUUCUGAGAAGAAACCGGAAUGCAAACGGUGUUGUGUGCCUGGACCACGUGGACAACCAGGCAGAAACGGUAAAAACGGUUUCCCGGGACCUCCAGGAAUUUCUGGAUCUCCAGGACUACCUGGGAAGCUGGCGAACAAACCUUGCGAGCAGUCGUUGACUUCUCGAAUGUGCAAAGAAUGUCCUCAAGGACCAGACGGUCCACCCGGACCACCGGGAGAGCCGGGAAGUAGCGGAAAACCCGGUGUCGCUGGUAGUAAGGGAAUGAAGGGUCUUCCAGGUAUACCUGGUGGAAAAGAACCUAUCACUGGAGAUCCUGGGAAACCUGGACCCUCAGGACCUCCGGGACCACCAGGUUGGCCCGGUGAGCCUGCUACGGAGUCUUACGCUGUUGCUGGUCAGAAGGGCCCACCCGGACUACCAGGGACACAAGGAGCUACAGGACGAGCCGGACCUAUGGGGCAACCGGGUAGACGAGGGCCGAAAGGAAGCAUCGGGAUAUGCCCAACGUACUGUGCAGUAGAUGGAGGUGUUUUUCAUGAAAGUAUGCAAGUGGUCAGUGGAGGAAACUAUGGCUAUAGAAGAAAAUGA